AUGAACACCGAGACCGACAGCACGGCGGGAGGCAACACGCUCUGGCUCACCUUCCUGGCCGCUUGGAUCGAAGAAGCACAGGCGAAAGGAUCCAAGGUGGCGCGGACGUACAGGAAAGCGCAUCAGUCGCUGGCGUCGUGUCCGAUCGAGUUCCAGCACCCAUGCCAGACCACGCAGCUCGCGGGCAUCGGACCGACGAUCGCCAACAAGCUCGAGCAGGACCUGCAGAGAUGGUGCAGCGAGAAUGGAAAGCCCGUACCAGAGCGCCCCUCGCGCGCAGGCUCGACGUCGAAGCGAACCUCCGGGCCAGCCGAAGCUCAAGGAGGCGACACGGAAGAGCCGACCGAGGGUGCAAGUGCAUCCACUGCCAAAAGGAAAACGACAGCUACGACGGAUCGCCCGACAAAGAAGCGCGCCUACGUGCCGCAGCACCGCUCCGGCGCAUACGGGCUUCUGGUGGGCCUGCAUAUCCUCACGCGAAGCAGCACCUCAUCCUGCACGCCCAACGUAUCGAAGACGCAGCUCAUCAAUGCAGCCCGUCCGUACUCGGACACCGAGUACGAGAGCGGCGCCUCGUCUUCGCGCUCAUCGGCUGCGGUGCCGCUCUCAAGCCACGCUGCGACAGCAGGCGGCUCCGGAGGCUCUCGUUCCUUCUACACGGGGUGGACCAGCAUCAAGACUCUGAUCGCCAAAGGAUACGUGCUGCAAUCGGGCAAUCCUGCACGAUACAGCCUGAGCGACGAGGGCGCCAUGGUCUCAGAGACGCUUGCUCGUGAUGCUGGGCUGGGCGACUCCAUCGUACAACCCGCAGACGUUGAUCGCAGGCAGGCCGAGGAGGUGUCGGAUCUGGACGACGACUGGUCCGACGACGAGCAAGAGGCGGCUCUGCAGACGCGCGUGUCCAACUUCGAACCCGAGAUUCUGACCGCAGGCAGCUACAGCAUCCAUCUUCUGGUCGACAACCGCGAGCGACACCGACCGGGCCGCCGACAAGAGCGCGAGCCGAUCGCGACGCUGCUGCUGGAGCGCGGGGUGGACGUGGAGACGCGCGCCCUCGAGGUGGGCGAUGCCGUCUGGAUCGCACGUCGAAAGGAGCCAAAGGGCGGAGAGGAAGACGAGGUGGUGCUGGACCACAUUGUCGAGAGGAAGCGACUGGACGAUCUGACCAGUUCGAUCCUCGACGGACGCUGGAGAGACCAGAAGUUCCGACUGUCUUCUUCGGGCGUCGCCAAGGUGCUCUAUUUGAUUGAGGAUCACGACGUGGAGAAUCAGAUGCGCAAGUUUGGCCCGCAGAUCCAGACGGCGCUCAGCAGCUCGCAGGUCGUCGAUGGAUUCUUUGUCGAGCGCACGUCUGGCCUGACUGCCAGCAUCGACUAUCUUGCAGCGAUGGAUGGCAUGAUUCGCAGGAUCUACGAGCACCGAGAUCUGUCGGUGAUGCCUAGCGCGCUGAUCUCGCGCUCGAGCUUCCUCCCGACGCGCGACGAGCUGCAGUCGAAAUCGCCCUCGGCGUCGAUGCUCACGUCGUUCGAGGCGUUCCAGGCGCUCAACAGCAAGAGCGGCGGCCUGACGUCCAAGGAGAUCUUUGGCAAGAUGCUGCUGUGCGUCAAGGGCAUGAGUGCCGAAAAGGUGCGCGAGGUGCUGGCGGUGUACAGCACCAUGCGCGAGCUCACCGACGCGCUCGCAGAGGCGCACGACGAGCCGGGCGGGGCCGACGCCAUGCUGUCCAGCUGCACCGACGGUCUCGAUCCACGCAAGAAGAUCGGCCAGGCGCUCAGCCGCAAGCUGUCCGAGCUGUUUCUGCAGCCUCGCUAUGUGCCAGAGUCUGGGGCAGCAUGA